AUGAUACAAGACGGAAACAGGUGGGUGCUUGAGUCUAAUAUUCGUGGAGAAUCAGUUUUAAACUUUAUAUUAUGUUUACCGCAACCAAUUUUUUAUGAUGCUCACUAUACUGGAGCUGAAUCUCAUACUGCUGAAUUUAUAUAUGGAAAGCUCAAAUCAGUUAUUGAAGACAUUGGACCAUCCAAAUUUGCUGCAAUUAUUACUGACAAUGCAACUGGUGCUAUUUUACAACAAGAACCUAACACAAUUGCACUAGUAAAACCAGUUGAUACAUGUUGGGGUACUUGUCUUGAUGCAAUUCAAUCAAUUCUACGUUACAAAGUCGCAAUUCAAAUUUUUGUUGUGCAACCUGCAGUUACUUCAACAAUCAAAUGUAAUCUAAAAGACAAAAUUCUUGGUGAAGAAUUGUGGAGUGAAUUGGAAAAAGCAGAAUGUCUUUUAGAACCAUUUGUCAAACUUCUCAAGAUUUUUGAAUCAGAUACAUCUUUACUCUCACGUGUAUAUGCAGAAUGGAAUAAACUUCAGAUAACAAUUAAUAAUUUGGAUCUUGAUUUGCUACAAAAAAAUGAAAUUAAAGAUCUGAUUGAUACACAAUUUGAAUUUGCUUUUCAUCCGACAAUGGCUUUGGCAAAUCUUUUAGAUCCAAUAUAA